GGGGAAUUCUCUCCUCCGAGCAAGAACAGCCGAUAAACCUGGUCUUUCAAUUUCACAUUCUCGAUGGUUGGAAACGCUUCCAGACACCCUCCUCGGAAUUUCGAAAUCGAGGAACACACUAGAGAUGGUGUCUCUUCACAAACUGACUCCAAAUGCUAUGACGAUGAUGGUCGUCUCAAACGAACAGGAACCGUUUGGACCACAAGCUCGCACAUAAUAACAGCUGUGGUAGGAUCUGGUGUUCUCUCUUUAGCUUGGGCCAUAGCUCAGGUUGGAUGGGUUGCUGGUCCUAUUGUGAUGCUCUUCUUCAGUGUCGUCACUUUGUAUACUUCAUCGCUUCUAGCUGAUUGUUAUCGUAUUGGAGAUCCCAUUUCCGGAAAGAGAAAUUAUACAUUCAUGGAUGCAGUUCGCACCAUUCUAGGCGGGUACAAAGCUACGUUUUGUGCGUUGGUUCAGUACUCAAAUCUUUAUGGCACUGCAAUAGGAUACACAAUUGCUGCUUCCAUUAGCAUGAUGGCAAUAAAAAGGUCAAACUGUUUCCAUUCCUCAGGCGGAAACAACCCAUGUCACAUUUCAAGCAACCCAUACAUGAUCGGUUUUGGCGUAAUGCAAAUUUUCUUUUCUCAAAUUCCUGAUUUUCAUGAAAUGUGGUGGCUCUCAAUACUUGCAGCAAUCAUGUCUUUCACCUAUUCCACAAUUGGUCUCGCUCUUGGAAUUGCCAAAGUUGCAGAAACGGGUACUUUCAAGGGUAGCCUCACAGGAGUCAGCAUUGGAACUGUGACAAAAGCCGAAAAAAUAUGGGGAAUUUUCCAAUCUCUUGGUGACACAGCCUUUGCCUAUUCAUAUUCUCAAAUUCUCAUUGAAAUUCAGGACACAAUAAAAUCUCCUCCUCCAUCUGAAGCAAAAACAAUGAAAAAGGCUGCAAAGAUAAGUAUUGGAGUGACGACAGCAUUUUACAUGCUUUGUGGCUGCAUGGGUUAUGCUGCUUUUGGAGACGCAGCACCUGGGAAUCUGCUAACUGGAUUUGGUUUCUAUAACCCAUAUUGGCUUAUUGAUAUUGCUAAUGCUGCUAUUGUAAUUCACCUUGUGGGAGCAUACCAAGUGUAUGCCCAACCCCUCUUUGCCGUAAUCGAGAAAGGGGCAGCAAAAAGAUGGCCCAAAGUUGACACUGAAUACAAAAUUCCAAUUCCUGGUUUACCUCCUUACAAUCUAAGCCCAUUAAGAUUAAUUUGGAGAACAGUGUUUGUUAUUACAACAACUGUUCUGGCAAUGUUAAUUCCAUUCUUCAAUGACGUGUUGGGAUUGCUUGGAGCAAUGGGGUUUUGGCCUCUUACUGUCUAUUUUCCAGUGGAGAUGUAUAUUGCACAGAAGAUGAUCCCAAAAUGGAGUAGAAAAUGGAUUUAUCUGCAAGUGUUUAGUGUUGCAUGCCUCAUAGUAUCAGUUGUGGCUGGUGCUGGCUCAGUGGCCAGUAUCGUUCUUGAUCUAAAGAAAUACAAACCAUUCAGCGUAGACUAUUAAACCCCCAUCCAACAUCUAUUGCCUCCUUGCGGGUUGUGGGUUGUGAUGGUUGUGUUCUCAUAAUUGGUGCUCAAUCAAAAUUAUCACUUUGGUAUAUUUAAGAAGAAUUGGUU